CUGUUUUAACCUUAUUCCUGUGACAGGUCGCCAGUAAGUCGACGUCUACCUGGUAUUUUACAUGCCCGUUGCGAUAUUUGGGCUCAUGAUCACCUGAAAUAUGCAACAUUUGCCAGAUAUGUCUAGAUGGAAAGUGUGAUGUUGCCGGAGUCUCCUAUCAAGCGACUGCUACUUUCCGUUGCUAAGCUGCCACUGGCGCCAUCGAACUUCUCCAACUUCUGAAUUCUCACCGGUUGCAAGCACGGCCAGGCUUCAAUCUUCUCGUAAAUGACUCGAAGCCAUGUCCCGGUACCUGGCCCCUGCCAAAGUCGGCUUGUUGGCGCUCAUUGAGCUCUACGUGCAAGGAGCAGUGCCCAAUGACGCCCUCAUUCCAGUCAUCAACUUCCUCACGUCCAACAUUCUGGACCAUGACUUGACCGGCCCAUCGGCGAGUACCGCCGCUCGAUGGAAGAAGGCCGACGACAUUAUCAAGCUGACCCUAUCCAUCCACCACUUUGAGCAAGUGCUGAGUCCAUUUGCCGCCGCCGACCGCCUUCCCGGCCGUCGUUUGUGGGACAGGUUCUUGGAGAAACUCUGGGGAAUUGACUCGCUGCACGCCCUCCAUGAAUUCUUUCGCCGCUUGCCGAACCUCCUGAUGAGGACCAAGGCUGAGCUGCGCGAGAUGGCGGAGCGCGGAGAGGAACCUCCGUCUGGCGUGCUUCUCUCGCGCAAUUCUCCGCUUGGAGCUUUUAUCAGGAGAUUGGACCAUGAGUUCUCAAUUCUGCAGUUCGACCACGCGUCGGAGCUGUGGGUCACGUUUGUCAAGUACCGGCAGCCUACAGCCGCCUACUGGCGGCGGCGGAAUCCUCACUUCAACCGGCUCAGUUUUGAUUCGGUACUCCUCGCUGGCGAGCACGAAUGGGGGCCUCAGACCGACGAGCUUGCUGUGGCAGCUUAUGGGAAUACGCUUCUUUUAGAGGACCAGGACACGUCCCCGCCUGUGAGCACCGACGAUAUUGAGCGCCUUUUAGAGUUUCAGAUAACCUUGGUGCAGAAAUAUGGAAACAGAGUGCCACCGGAUAUUAGGGACCGGUUCCAGAGCCUGUUAAAGAGCAGUCGAAUCGUCCCGAGUUUGUCACACUAUUUGCACUUCUCCGAGUCAUGGCGGUCAGGCGACUUGCCAGCAUCGUUUGACUACCUCCACCGAUACUUUGACUACACCAUGCAGAACCGGGAUAGGCUGUUCUACCAAUACGCCCUGAUGAACCUAGCGAUCGUGCAGUCGGAUUUUGGCUGCCACAAAGAGGCCCUGGCGACCAUGCUCGAGGCCGUUUCAACUGCCAGAGAGAAUAGGGACACCUCUUGUCUGAACUUUGCGCUUAACUGGUUCUUUCACUUCAGCAAAGCCCAUCCGGACCUUGUCCGAGAGCUCGAGGACAACAGCAUGCUUGGAAGCGGCAAAGAGUCACUGUCCUUCCUCCGAGCCAAAGCAAAGGAGACAGGGAUGGGGCAACUAUGGAGUUCCUCGCUACUCGCCGAGGCCAAGCUCGGAUUGUCAGAUGGUGAGAGUGUCUCGACUGCUCUGGAACACAUGGUGCGGAGCUCACAGAUUCUUGUGGGGCGGAAUAUCAGAUCCAUGAUGGGGGCGCAGCUCUCGCUGGCAAUAACAUUGUGGGACAGGCUGGGCCUGGCAGCCAUGUCGGCCAUGACCUGUGAGGUGUUUCUCCGGUGUUAUCAGCCCGACUCGGUCUUUAGCGAUGAACUACAGGUCAUUUGUCGUCUCGCGGGCUUGCUUGCCGGUAAGGGCAAAUACAAGGAAGCCUUUGAGAAACUAGACAGCAUAGACAGCAACUCGCUCCGCUCGGCAAAGUCGAAGCAAUACUGGCACAUAUACCGCGAGCUCAUCACCUUGCGCCGCAGCCUCUACUACAACAACCUCGACGCCGCCGAAUCUCUGCUCUUUCAGCUCCUGCAGUCCGGGCCCGAGGACGUCGACCCUGACCUGCUCGUGAUCAUCGACACACUGCACAUCGAGGCCCUGACACGGCGGCAGGAAUUUGACGCCGCUUUCGCCAAAAUCGAGCGGCUCAUAGCCGAGCUGCGCGAGGACAGGCGGGACAUUGCCCUGCGCGUGCGGCUGCUGCUCGCAAAGGCGCACCUGUUUGACCGCGUCGGCAGACCGGAAAAGGGCUUCAGCAUUGCCGUGCGCGCGGCGAGCAUUGCCUGGCGCGCCCGGCUCCUUCCCUUGCUCUGGCAGGCCGUGGGCGCCCUCGCACACAUCCUCAUCAGCGCGCUAGGCGAGUUCGCCGCCGCCGCCGACCUCCUACUUGCCGUCCUCCCCCGCUGUCUUGAGGCUGACGUCGCCUUUGCCGCGGGCACGCUGUACGCCCUUCUUGCGGACGCCUGGGUGGGUUUGGCGGGCGAGACAAAGGCGAGGAAAGGAUUGGCGUCAUCACAUCACCGGGGCGGGAAGACUUUGGCUGGUGAUGAUGACCGGGACGGAUUGUUGGCACGGGCGCAAGAGGCGUUGGACGCAGCCCUCGGGUGCUUCUCAGCCGCCGAGGACAUUGAGAAGCGCUGCGAGGUCAUGGCGAAGAAGGCUACCCUGUACAAGGCCCAGGGGGAUCAUCUGCGCGCGGAGGAGUGUGCGGAUAAGUACCUGGCCAUGCGGCAGGAAGGGCGGGUGUUGUAAGUUCCAGUGUCGAGUUUGGUGUCGGCGCUUGGUUUGAGGGACGGACUGUUUGGUUAGAUAGAUCAGGCAAAGCCGGAGUGCAUUAGGACAAGCGGUGUCUGGGCUUCUAGCUUUGGGAGUGCCGUCAAAUGGAAAAGCCCGAGUAGGCGUCCCUGGGAGGAAUGGGCUGUGGUGAGGAGAGAAUAUCAGGUAAAUCCCCCGGUCCUUACCAUGGUAUCCCUGAAGCUGCCCGCCACGUCCAUCUUGAGUCACUCUACCGUCCAAUUUGUGCUCGUGUGAGCUUGAGCUCCGGCAUUCACAACACAGCUCGCCAUAUGCAAACAGCAGAGCAAAACUUGCAGAACACUUGGGCCACAAUUCUUUAACUCUAGGAAACAUGUACAGAAUGC